CCCAGCCGCGCGUCCCUCCCGCUGCCGAGCCCGGGCGCCCAGGCGAGAAGCCGACAGACCGGCGGACGGACGCGCGGACAAGGGGACCCACGGGCGGCGCGAUCGCGGGGCCGCGAGGAGCAGGUGAGUGCCCCACGGUCUCCACCUGCCCACCCCGACCUGCCGGGCACCCGCCCGCGCUUUGGCGGAGGAGCGACCCAGAAUCCCUGCGGACAGACGGCGGUCUAACUCGGCCUCAGUUUCCCCAGCCGGCCUUGCGAUGGGGGCUCUGGCCAGAGUCUGUGGGCCGGGCCGGAGUGCAGGAGGCAACAACAGGGAUGCGAUAGGGCUGCGCGGAACCUGCGUCCAGAAACCUGGUCCCACUGCGGCCUGCUCUGCCCGGACUGAUCCUGGGGUGGUGCCGGUGCGCAGGGACUUUUUAAAGGCAGUGGCCCCUGAGUCAGCUGGCCCCCUCCCAGCCCUGGGGCUCGGCGGACGGAACCCCUUCCUCCAGCGAAGGGGGUGGGAAGCGGCUUCUCCCCCGCCCCUGGAAGGUCCCAAACCCCCUUCCAAGAGACAGGCUGAGGCCUCCUUUGCGGCCAGUGGCUCCCUGUGGGUCGGGUAGGGAGGCACUUCCUGGGUGUCUGAGCCAGGAGGGAAUCCAGGGCCAGAGAAGCAUCAAGCUAGGGUCAAGUUCUGGGUCAAGGGGUGUGGGAGUUUCAGGGAGGAGGAGGCUGUGUGCUGGGUUGCAGGAGGCCUGUGUGUGCCGGACCUGAGGCUCCCCCAGGUUCCUUCUUCCUGGGCCAGGCUGGCCUGGGGCCGCCCCUGCAUGGGAAGGUGUCCCUGGUGGCAGGGGAGGAGGGUAGGCAGGCAUAUGGUGUUUCUGAGGUGUACCCGAAGACCACCUCUGCCCCAGCUCCAGGGGUAGUCAGCCCCAGCAGUGAGCCAGGGCCCAGCUGGGGGCGCCUCUCCUUCCCUACCCCUGCACUGCUCCCCCAGCUCCCUUGGGGGGGAGGGGGGAGGGCCCUGCCCCAGCGGGCCUCUCCUGGGGCCCACCUAGGACUAGGACUGGGCCUCAGCGCCUCUGUGCCUCAGCAUGCCGCCCCGCCCAGUCUCGGAUCCCCUGUGCCUGCCUCCCCAGCGCAACUGGAGCCCACCCCUUCCCCACCCAGGCUUAGCCCUCCUUACCAGCCAGGCUGGGCCCUCCCCACCAGAAGGCUCCCAGAUGGGGCAGAGCCAGGGCCAGAGGGGUUCCCCCAUUCCAGGGCUCCACCCUGCUCCCUCUGGGCCUUAAGCCGACUCCUCCCCAAGGUCACUUGGCUGUGAGCUGGAAUUUGAACUUGGAGCUGGUCCCUCCACCCUCCCUGCCCUGCUGGGGCCUCCACCACAGCCCAGCCAGGCACCAUGCUCGGCCCUCCCUUCGCACCCGGAAGAUGGCCGCAGGAAAACCAAAGUGCUGGGCUGGUCCCAAUCCCUUGGGCCCACACGGCUCCCCUCCCCCAGCUGCUCCCCACCCCAGAUGUCAGCACCUGGACUCACAUCUGUGGCUGGCUAUGCCGGUCCCCCACCCUGCUCCAGGGAGUUGAAGGCCAUGGGUUCAUGGCUAUGCCUGGCCUAGGCGCCCCAAGGAGGGGAGCUGUGUGUCACAGCCUGUGUGUGGCUGUGUGUGCCCAGGGCCUAGUUUUUCUGCCCAGGUGUGUGUGUACCCAGACACACGUGCCCAGUGUCCUUGGCUCAGCCCGCCAGGAAUCCCAUUAAGCAAACACUCGGUUCUCUCGCUGAGGUCAUGAGCAUUCCGGACAUUCUCCACAGACAGGUGAUCAGAGGAAUCUGGCCAAGCCCCUACUCCCACUCACCCUCAGAGAGCCAGGACCCUCAGGGGCACAUGGGAGGGGGUGGUCUAAAGCUCCCAGGCCUCUCACACCUCCCGGAAACCCUCUUUGUCAGUAGGACCUGGUCAAACCAGAAGGAACCCUGGAUACCCAUUCCCCUGGCCUGGGACUACCCACUCUGGCUGACCCUACAUACAGAGGGACAGCCUUGUCAGAGGUCCCCAGGGGACACAGAUCCCACAGAACAUGUUAGCCUGGCCCAGAGGGGCCAGGUCUGCUCACCACCCAGAGGAUAUGCUCCCUCUAGACUUUGUUUUGGGCUCUGGGUCCCCAACCUCCCUCCCCGUCCCCCACCCCAGCACCAUCCAGGGUCCGAUCUCAUCCUGUGCUGCCUUCCUCUGGUAUGGCUCCCACCUGCUUCAGGGCCUUUGAACAUGGUUUCCCUCUGCUUGGAAGUGGUUCCUCUCCCAGGUCCCCUUUCAGAACCCCAGGACACUGUCCUUGCAGGCCUGCCCCAGAUAGCCCUGAGAGUGGGACUCCUCUACUGGCCCAUCCUGGGGAUAUGUCUGCCAGUUGCGACCUGGGCCCGGAGGUCCUGCUGUGGCCAGGAGGCAGGACUCUGCUCCCUGAGGACACCCUGCCCAAGCACCCUGGGGAACCUGGGGAGGAUAUCAGGGCUGCAGCCUCUGGAUCUGGGUGGGCGGAAGAGAUCAAGCCCUGCCUUGGGAGCCGUGAAGCCACCCACCAGGCCCCAGGGAGGUGUGAGCUCGGCUGUGGUCUCCACUCAGGUGAGGGUCCGGCACGAGGUCCUGGACUCCAGCCACAAGGCUGCCUUUCCGUCAGCAGCCGCCACCAACGGCGCCAUGAGCCAGCUGGGGCCCGUGAGCGGCCACCCGGAUGCUGCCAAUGGCAGCCUGGGCCGGUCUGACGGUGUGGCCAAGAUGAGUGCCAAGGACCUGUUUGAACAGAGGAAGAAGUACUCCAACUCCAACAUCAUCAUGCAUGAGACCUCCCAGUACCACGUCCAGCACCUGGCCACGUUCAUCAUGGACAAGAGUGAGGCGAUCGUGUCAGUGGACGACGCCAUCCGGAAACUGGUGCAGCUGAGCUCCAAGGAGAAGGUGUGGGCGCAGGAGAUGCUGCUGCGGGUCAAUGACCAGUGUCUGCGGCUGCUGGACGUGGAGACCCAGGAGGAGCUGGAGAACUUCCCGCUGCCCACUGUGCGGCACAGCCAGACAGUGCCCGACCAGCCGUGGUGCCCCUCGGUGCUGCUGCUUGUGUGCCAGGACUCGGAGCAGAGCAAACCCGACAUCCACUUCUUCCACUGCGACGAGGUGGAGGCGGAGCUGGUGCACGAGGACAUCGAGAGCGCGCUGGCCGACUGCCGUCUAGGGAAGAAGCUGCGGCCGCAGACCCUGAAGAGCCACCAGGAGAAGAUCCAGCAGCGGCAGUCCAUCCUGCCCGCCCCCAGGGGCCCAGCCCCCAUCCCCUUCCAGCGCUACGGCGGUGACUCCCGGGCCACGAAGAACCGAGUGGGCCCGCCGAUGCCUCUCCCUGAGCCAGGCUUCCGCCGUAGGGAGUCGCAGGAUGAGGAGCCCCGCGCGGUGCUGGCUCAGAAAAUAGAGAAGGAAACGCAAAUCCUCAACUGUGCCCUGGACGACAUUGAGUGGUUCGUGGCUCGGCUACAGAAGGCGGCAGAGGCUUUCAAGCAGCUGAACCAGCGGAAGAAGGGGAAGAAGAAGGGGAAGAAGGGGCCAGCAGAGGGUGUCCUGACGCUGCGAGCACGGCCCCCCUCUGAGGCCCAGUUCAUCGACUGUUUUCAGAAAAUCAAGCUGGCUGUCAACCUGCUGGCCAAGCUGCAGAAGCACAUCCAGAGCCCCAGUGCGGCUGAGCUCGUGCACUUCCUCUUCGGACCUCUGGACCUGAUCAUCGGCACCUGUGGGGGCCCAGACAUCGCACGCUCUGUCUCCAGCCCCAUGCUUUCCCGAGAGGCCGUGGGCUUCCUGCAAGGCCACCUAGUCCCCAAGGAGAUGACGCUAUGGGAGUCACUGGGGGAGACAUGGAUGCGUCCCCGAUCAGAGUGGCCACGGGAGCCGCAGGUGCCCAUCUACGUGCCCAAGUUCCACAGCGGCUGGGAGCCACCCCUGGACGUGUUCCAGGAGGCUCCCUGGGAAGUGGAGGGGCUGGCGUCUGCCCCCGACGAUGAGCCGACUCCCGUGAACCGAUCAUCCUUCCGAAACUCCCCCAAACACAGCCUUGUAUCUGAGCCCACAGCUCCAGCUCCGGGAGACCCUCUUUCCCCAGUCAGCGCCCCACAUGCUCACAGGGGUUACGAACCGGGGCCAGCCAUGGCCAAGUACGUCAGGAUCCUCUAUGACUUCACAGCCCGCAACGCCGACGAGCUGUCGGUGCUCAAGGAUGAGGUCCUGGAGGUGCUGGAGGACGGCCACCAGUGGUGGAAGGUUCGGAAUCGCAGCGGCCAGGCGGGCUACGUGCCCUACAACAUCCUGGAUGAGACUCGGCUGGAGGAGGCACCCCCCCAGCAGGCCAGUCUGAAAUAUUGGGGUCCUGCCAGCCCCACACACAAGCUGCCCCCAAGCUUCGCAGGGAACAAAGACGAGCUGAUCCACCACAUGGACGAGGUCAACGACGAGCUCAUCAAGAAGAUCAGCCACAUCAAGGCGCAGCCGCAGCGGCAUUUCCGCGUGGAGCGCAGCCAGCCGGUGGCGGUGCCGCUCACCUACGAGUCGGGGCCCGCCGAGGUCCGCGCCUGGCUGGAGGCCAAGGCCUUCAGCGCCCGGAUCGUGGAGAACCUGGGCAUCUUGACGGGGCCGCAGCUCUUCUCACUCAACAAGGACGAGCUGAAGAAGGUGUGCGGGGAGGAGGGCAUCCGCGUGUACAGUCAGCUCACCGUGCAGAAGGCCGUCCUGGAGAAGCAGCCGGGCGAGUCGGAGCUGGAGGAGUUCAUCAGCAAGUUUCAUUCCAAGACCCAGCGGAGGCUGGAGGACGACAGCUAGACCUGGCCGGCAGGGCCCGGCGCACCUGCGGCUGGGGGAGACCGAGACGUGCCUGCGGAGAGGCCCGCCUCAGUGCAUGGAGUAUUAUUUUUGUAUGAGUGUAUACUUUGGACCACGGACACGGGUGGUGAGUGGUGCCAGCUGGGCACAGCUCACCUACUUCAUGGCACAGGCCUGUCCUCAGGCUCGACAAGGCCUCAGCCUACACCUGCCUGCCUGCCCGGAGGCCUGCCUCCACCAAACUAGCCACCUGGAGAUGCCAGCCCCUCAUGCCCCUGCCCCCGAAGCCAGUGCCCGGCUUUUCCAGCCUCGCCCAGCCCCCUUCCUCCCAUGACGCCUCUCCCUGAGGCUGCAAAGCCCCCAGGAGGCAGGCAGGGACCUGAACUUUGGCCCCCCAUCCCCAUUGGGGUUCCUCCUGGCACUCGUGACCCUGGCCCCAAACCUCACCUCCACGGCUGCUAGCUUUCCAUGCACCUGACCCUCCACACCUCUGGGUGGGCUGUGGGCCAGAAGGGCAGCCAACCUGACCACCGGCUCUGAGCUGGGCUUCGCCCCCAGAUAUCGCCCAUAGCGCCACCCAGCACGCUGCUUCUCAAGGGUGGCCUGGGGAGGUGCUCCGAACUCCCCUGGGGUGGGUGCGUGCUAUACUCCCUCCGCCCUGUCCAGGAUGCGGGGGGCGAGAAGGGGUGUCCAGAUAGCCUGGACACGUACUCACUCAAGUACGAUCUUAGACAGCCCCACACGCACCCAAGGCAGAACACAAGGAGGGAACUUGGCCAACCAAGUUUAAGGCCAGGCUUGCCCUGUGUGCUGUGUGGGUGGUGGGUGAGUCUUGGAGCCCUGAACUCUGCCGGUUACACCUAGAGAUGAGAGGUGGCUACAGUUCAAAAGCCAUGUCAUUAAACCAGGGAAGG